AUGUCCAUUGUAGCGUUGGCCGACGGGCAGCAGUCGAGUGUUACCCUCGACGUCCUCCAUGAUGUCGCCGCCAAAAAUAACAUCAAGAUCUCGUCCAAGGCAGAAGAAGAUGCCUAUCUUCUCGUCUUACAGUCCGCAGACAUGACAGCAUCUAGUGUCCAUAUUCUGCCCGACUACAUUGAUCCACGUCUUGAGCCAGUUCCGACGGUGGGCGGGAGACAAUAUUGGAAGUCCCAAAACAACAGCCACAAUGCAUGGAGUCAUCAAGCCUCUCUCGUGGCCGAAAAGCCGCUCUCAGAUGUCCUGAAAGGCCGCAAAAUUGUGAUAAAGGAUAACAUGUCAGUCGGCGGCUUGCCACACACUUGUGGCACAUUCCCUCAGUUUAUCUCCAAGGACGGAAAAUAUCCUAUUGCACGCAUUGAUGCGAGUAUUAUUCGACGACUUUUGGAAGCAGGCAUCACCAUUGUCGGCACCUCUACUUGCGAAAACUACUCGUUGACUCCUAUGUCGUACACAUCUGCGAAUGGGCCCGUUCACAAUCCAUGGCUCCGCGACCACAACGCCGGCGGCAGCACAAGCGGAGGAGCCUGUCUUGUUGGCCUGGGCAACGCUCGGGCAGCGGGUGUGCCAGGCUUAGACGAAGCUGGUGAGGACGUUGAUCUCGCAAUGGGCGGCGACCAAGCUGGAAGCAUUCGACUGCCAUCUGCGUAUUGCGGGAUCUACGGUCUUAAGCCGACUCAUGGACUUGUCCCAUACACUGGCAUUGCUGGACUCCAUCCUAUGAUCGACUAUACCGGGCCCAUGGCGCGGAAGUUGGAGGACAUAGCCACGUUGCUCACGGUGAUUGCCGGCUAUGAUGGACUCGACCCGAGAAUGUCCCCGGAGUCGCCGCUUAGGCAGAACGUCGUUGAUUAUGCCAAAGGCCUUUCGUCAGCGGAGAAUCCUGGCAAGGGCCUCAAAGUUGGCAUCAUCAAAGAAUCUCUCACUUCACCUGGGACCCAAGCGGAAGUUGCAGAAACAGUACGAUCGACUGCAUUCAAGCAUUUCGAAGCUAGUGGGGCAACGGUGUCCGAAAUUUCAUUGCCAGUGCACCUUCUAGGAGCUGCCAUCUGGACCGCCGCUACAAGGACUCAUAUGGCGGAAUUGGCCAUUGGCGGAAGAACCCCGGACGUGCUGAACCACAACAUGCCGCAUCUGUCUCUGAGAUGGCCCCCAGACCAGGAAAUGUAUGACCUCUUGACCACCGCGAAUCCUGCAGUCAUCAACAUUAUAUUCUGUCAAACAUUCCUCAAAGAAAAGUUUGGCCCGGAGGUCCAGGCCAAGGCUCAUCGACAUGUGUUGCAGUUGAGAGCAGCAUAUGACAAGGCUCUCGAGGAGUACGACGUUCUUAUCACGCCGACUACGCCGACGGUGGCUUUGCCGCAUCCCGACCUCCGACCGGAAUCUGAAGGUGGAAGCACUGUCAUGGACAAAAUCAAGCUGGCAGUGGGCGCAACAAAUAACACCGCUCCUUUCAAUGCUUCAGGACAUCCUGCGCUCAAUGUGCCUUGCGGUUGGGCUCCUUCGCGGACCGGCAAAGGAAUGCUUCCGGUGGGAAUGCAAAUCAUCGGCAAGAGAUGGGAUGACCUUGGGGUGCUGAAAGCAGCCAAAGCUUUCGAGCUUGGAGGCGGAGGUCUGGGACCAUGGCCUGGCCAGAAACAAUGA